ACCCUAAAAAACCUUUUACGGGCGUUGAAGAAGACAACUGAUGCUAUGUUCCCAAUUCCUUAGGCGAUUCUCCCUUCAUUGCCGCCGUUCGCCGUUGUGUACCAACGUUCCUCGUCACUUGUACGGCACGUCACCAUCUCCAUCAGCACUGAUGGGAAAGGCUGCAAACUCCGCUCCAAAGUCUUCGGUAUCAAUUACCAAGGACGAUGCUUAUCUUCAAUCAGUUAUCCCCAAACGAAUCGAACUUUUUGAGUCCAUCAAAGCUCAACAGAUUGCGCAUCGCCAGUCUAUUUCCGGCGACCCAAUCAAGGUUACUUUACCGGAUGGGACUGUGAAGGAGGGGAAGAAAUGGGCAACAACUCCUUUCGAUAUAGCGAAGGAGGUAUCCAAGAGCUUAGCGUCAAAUGCUUUGAUUUCUCAGGUGGAUGGAGUACUUUGGGAUAUGUCAAGGCCCUUGGAAGGUGAUUGUCAGCUUAAAAUAUUCACUUUUGAUAGUGAUGAGGGUCGUGACACAUUUUGGCAUUCAAGUGCUCAUAUUCUUGGCCAGGCCCUUGAAAUGACAUAUGGAUGCAAAUUGUGCAUUGGGCCAUGUACUACAAGAGGAGAGGGUUUCUACUAUGAUGGUUUCUAUGGUGAACUGGGAUUAAAUGAUGAUCACUUUGACCAAAUUGUUUCUGGAGCAAAGAAAGCUGUUGCUGAAAAACAACCUUUUGAGCGAAUUGAAGUGUCACGAAAGCAGGCUCUUGAAAUGUUUUCUGAUAAUAAGUUUAAGGUUGAAAUUAUUAGUGAUCUACCUGAAGAUAAGACUAUCACAGUUUACAGAUGUGGCCCGUUAGUUGAUUUGUGUCGUGGGCCCCAUAUACCAAACACCGCUUUUGUCAAAGCAAUUGCUUGCUUAAAGGCUUCAGCUGCUUACUGGAGGGGGAACAAGGAUCGUGAAAGCUUACAAAGAGUCUAUGGGAUAUCUUAUCCUGACCAAAAACGUCUCAAGGAAUACAUUGCCCUGCUGGAGGAAGCCAAAAAAUAUGACCACAGAGAACUGGGCAAAAAACAAGAACUUUUCUUUUUCCAUCCACUUAGCCCAGGGAGUUGUUUCUUCCUUCCCCAUGGUACUCGAAUAACUAAAAAAUUAAUCGCAUUUAUACAAACAGAGUAUGAAAAAAGAGGUUAUUCAGAGGUUACCACACCAAAUAUGUUCAACAUGCAACUAUGGGAAACUUCAGGCCAUGCUGCCAACUACAAAGAGAACAUGUUUGUAUUUGAUAUUGAAAAGCAAGAAUUCGGGCUUAAGCCAAUGAAUUGUCCAGGACAUUGCUUGAUAUUUGAUAACAGAGUUCGUUCGUAUAGAGAACUUCCACUUCGCAUAGCUGACUUUGGAGUUUUGCAUCGCAAUGAAGCCAGUGGUGCGUUGACUGGUUUGACCCGUGUUCGAAGAUUCCAGCAGGAUGAUGCUCAUAUUUUUUGUAGAGAAUCACAGAUAAAAGAUGAAGUGAAGAGUGUUUUGGAGUUCAUCAAUUACGCAUAUGAUAUAUUUGGUUUCACCUUCGAACUGAAGCUAUCAACAAGGCCAGAGAAGUAUCUUGGAGAUAUAGAAACAUGGGAAAAAGCCGAAACCGCCCUUGCGGAUGCAUUGAAUGAAUUCGGGAAGCCAUGGCAGAUCAACGAAGCUGACGGGGCAUUUUACGGGCCGAAAAUCGAUAUAUCCGUUUCUGACGCCAUGAAAAGGAAAUUUCAAUGUGCCACACUACAGCUGGACUUCCAACUCCCUCAACGUUUCAAUCUAUCGUAUUCGGCUGAAGAUGAAAGUAAAAGGGAAAGACCAGUGAUGAUACACAGAGCUAUUUUAGGAAGUGUGGAACGUAUGUUUGCUAUACUUUUGGAACAUUAUAAAGGAAAAUGGCCUUUUUGGCUUAGUCCACGUCAAGCAAUUGUUUGCCCUGUCUCUGACAAGUCACAAGCCUAUGGUCAACAGGUUAUGGACCAGAUUCAUGAAGCUGGUUAUUAUGUUGACAUUGAUAAAUCCGAUAGAACAAUCCAGAAAAAGGUAAGGGAAGCUCAGUUGGCGCAGUAUAACUACAUACUGGUUGUUGGUGAAGAGGAAGUCAACACUGGAAAGGUAAGUGUGCGAGUGAGAGACAAGCAGGAACAUUCGGUGAAAACCAUUCCUGAUCUUCUUCAACAUUUCAAGGAAGAAGUUGCAGCUUUUCAUUAGGGGUAAUGCAAUAUUUAUGGAUAUGUUGAAUGCUAGUUUUUCAUUUUUGCAUGGAUAGAAGAAGAAGCAUAUGAUAUGAUCUUUGAUUUGAUGAGAUUUUUCGAAUAUGUUAAAAAGUUUUGUAUGGAAGUCUGGUUUGAUUUUGAUGAUUUGCAGGAAUUUGCUUAA